AUGCCUCUCCACGUCAACGCUCAUCCAGGCUACUAUCACGAAGAGACAGAGCACUCCGUCAUUCCUCAUCCGCCCGACGAGGAGCAAAAAAGCGGCCAUGAGGACUUUCCGGACACGGGGUGGAGGGGCCAACCUCCCACCCCUAGUCAAGAUGGGGGCGACUCCGAGAAAGAUUUUAUGCACAAGCCACCGUACCUUUGGAAGUCGGAUGGUGACAAGUUCGAGAAACAUUAUACUUCACAGUGCUGGUGUGGCGACGUCGUCUUUGAGUUCCACGGCAACCCUUUGGAUGCUAAGCACUGUCACUGUCAUCAGUGCCAGAGUCUUCAUGGUGCACCCUUCCAGUGGGCUGUUAUCUUUCCCAAGACGUCUAUCAGGCUCGUGAAGAAUGAGGAGGACCACCUUCACUUCUUCAGCACCGAGAAACGAACAUCAGGCCACGACGUGCCUUGCAAAGUCUCAUGCGAUAACUGUCGCUCCCCACUCUUCGACGAAGGCAAAAAUACCGUGCUCGCAUACCCUGGCUCAUUCCGCUUCAAAGAUAGGCAUGUCCCGCAUGAUUUCCAGCCCACGGCACAUAUAUUCUAUGAGCAGCGGGUGAUGGAAGUACCUGAUGGGAUGUGCGUUGAUCCACACUCUUAUGUGUCUCGAUCUGCCUAA